UCAAAAAAGGAGGAGGAAUUAGUCGGUAGGGGUAAGAGAGAAAAUUAAUAAAGGAGAAUGAUAACAAGUAAUCGUCUAAUAAUUCUGAUGAUGGCAAUACUGGCAACGCUGCUCCUCAGCUUGCCCUGUGUUGGAUCGACGAUGGAGAGUACCAAGGAGGGGGCAAAUCUUGCAGCAGAUGAGGUCGAGCUCAAGUCCAUGCAAGACUCAAAGGCGACCACCAUGUCAUGGACCAGAUGGGCUAAAGAAAAAUUAGCGGGGUUUGGUAUUGGUAAAGAUAAAGCAGAAGAGGCAGCCGGUGAUAUUGCGACGAAGACUCAAAAGACGGCGAUUGAUAUUGCUUCUGGAGCUGCGGAAAAGGUUGGGGAAGUGAAAGAAGGAAUGGAGGGUAAUGCAGCCCCUGAUCCUGAAUCAACUGCGGAAGCUGCAGACAAAGCUUCGGAGACGAAGGAGAAGGCGGUGGAUACUGCCAACGUCAAAGGAUCAGCGAGUGACGACGCAACGAUGGCAUACAGAAGAGCCAAUGUGGAGGGUGCGGAGAGGGCUUAUGGAAAUGCAAAGCUUAAAGCGGGCGAAGCUUACAAGACCGCGAGAGACGCAACGAGUCACGGUGCAAAAGAAAGCUAUGAGGCAGCCAAGGAGAGGGUUUCGGACGCUACGGGCAAUGUGGGAGCUCAGUACACGAACUACGGAGCAGGGGAGCUUUGAGGUUUGCUGUGUCAAUUACUUCAAGCGGAGAUUCUUAUAUAUUGCAGAUCCAGAACUCGUUAAAAUUAAUUAACUCGACUCUGUU